AUGACCAACCCUUCGGUUAAAAUUAGCACAGAAAUGUUCGACACCAUGUCCCCCAUUCUUUACCUGAGUCGAAUGAUGUGUCUGCAGCCCCUAAAAUGGAAAAAAUCUGAUUUCACUUGCGCUGUCAUCAAAUCGAGGUUUUACAUCGCGUGUAGUUGCGUCGUCUGCACUGUCAUUGUUCUAUAUGGUAUUUAUGGUUUAUACAUGGCUUACCAAACGGACGUUGUUUAUACCAUGCGGCUCAAAACCAGCGCCGGACGCUACGUGAGUUACACCGACGUGGCGGUGGUCUUAGGUACCUUUUCCAUAGGGGUGAUAAUCACGUCAAGCACGACCGACGACUACUUAAGCUAUUUCUACCACUUAAGCAAAGUGGACCAACUUCUCCAAAAACGACUACCUCGAGGCUAUAAUUACACUAUAACAACUGCGGCAACGCUGUUCGCAGGUUUUGCCAUUUUCGUCUUCGACUUGGCAACCUGGCUGCAUUUAGCGUCAAAAAAUGAAAGUCCUUACUUUCUACUAAUCUGCCUGGUUCCUUACUACGUCGCUUAUUUCUCGCUCUUCGUAAUCGAGCUGCUUUACUGGCAACUCGUCUACUCCAUCAAAAUUAGAUUAUUCAUGAUGAAUAGCAAACUUCGACAAAUUCAAAAUGGCGGAAAUGUGGAAAAUCCGUACGUGAAAGUUUCGAAUAGUGUGACUGGGGUGCGGAAAAUUGAGACCGUUAAAGGAAAACUCAUUAAAAGUACUUCUUUGGAAAAAGUGGAAGAUUUAAUGAAAGCGUACGAGAGUCUAGGUGAAGCUGCACGGAUUGUCAAUAAGUGUUACGGUUUAGUGAUUGCGAUUGUUCUUCUGGGUUGUUUAAUCCACUUGUUGGUGACUGCCUACGCCAUUCGUAGUUUGGUGGCGAGUAACGGUAGCGACAUGUACGUGGUUGCUCAGUGUGUCUGGAUGGUUGUUCAUAUCAUGCGCUUGGUUUUGAUUAUUGAACCUUGUCACGGUUGUCUAAUGCAAUGGAAAAAAGCUUUAGCGCUUAUUUGCAAAGUCAGAAUUUCUGAUCCAGAAGACAGUAUUAAAAAAUCUAUGGAUUUCUUUCUGGGGUUCUUAUCCCAGUGCAAGAUUGAAUUUACCGCUUUUGGUUUGGCCACAAUCGACAGAGGUUUGAUGUUAGGGAUUGCUGGAACCGUUACUACGUAUUUGGUGAUAUUGCUCGAGUUUAAUUGA